AUGGAAGAGAAAUUGGAAGCAAUCAAAUCAGACGACCAGCAUAAGAUACUACAUUCCGCAUCAAGCAGUAAUAAAAGAGGACAGAGAAACAACAAAACUGCGACCAGUACCGGAAUCAGCCUAAAUGAUAUAUUACACACUGGUCCCAAGCUUCAACAAGAAUUAGAUGUGCUGACGCCUGGACAUUUUCUCAUAGGAAAAUCACUACAUUCAAUCCCUGAACCAGAGAUCAAUGAAAAGAAUAUCACCCUACAAGAUAGAUGGAGGCUUAUACAAAAAAUGAAACAAGACUUCUGGAAGAAAUGGACAUCGGAAUAUCUCCCCAGAUUGCAACAAAGGAGCGAAUGGACGGAUAAAAAAGAAAACAUGAAAAUAGGAGAUAUCGUACUAGUCAAACAGGACAACAUUAAUCCCAACUAUUGGCCCUUGGGAAGAGUGACGCAGUGUCACCCAGGAAACGACGGAUUUGUGAGAGUGGCUACGAUACGAUGCAAAGAUGGGAAAGAGAUCAGAAGACCUAUAACCAAAAUCUGCAUACUCCCGGUCGAGCAAGAAGAAAGAAGAAACGAUAAGACGAGAGACCAACUCCGGACGUCAGCACCCAUUCAUGACCAUGCCCAAUAAAGCACUCGAUCGAGUGUCACACGAGUUAGAAAUAGGAAAUUAGGAAAUAGGACAAUAGAAGUAACAGAUUGCCAACACUGGAGCUCCAACAUCAUAGCCUGCAGCAUUUCGGCCUUGGGAGUAAUGUUCGAAAUUCGAACAUUAUUCUAAAAAAUAAUCAAGUUCAAUAAUAUGGAAAAUUACAUCAGAA